AUGGUAUCCUUCCGCCCACCCAAGACCACGCAGAGCGCUGUGCCCCUCAAACCGCCGAAAGGGCACUUCUUCUUCGCUGGCCGUGCCUAUCCAAGAGUCGCAUGGUGGAAGCGAGCCAACCUCCGCAGACUCUACAUCUACAUUGUCGUUCUCAUCUUAACGAAUACCGCCAAUGGCUUCGACGGAUCCAUGAUGAAUGGUCUUCAGUCUCUGACUUACUGGCAAGACUACUUCGGUGAGCCUCGCGGGGCUAUGCUCGGCUUCUUCAACUCAUCCAUGUCCCUCGGCUCACUCAUCGGUCUCUUCUUCACCCCCUACCUCAUUGAUUGGAAGGGUAGGAAGAUUGGUGUGGCGAUUGGCUGCGUUAUCAUGUUGAUCGCUGUUGCCAUCCAGACUGGAGCGCAGAACAUCGGCAUGUUCAUUGCUGCCAGACUCAUCCUGGGUUUCGGAGACACCAUCGUUCUUGGAUCCGCGCCGUUGUUGAUCGCAGAGAUCGCUCAUCCACAGGAUCGUGCUAUCUUGGUUACACUCUCUGGUGCGAGCUACCACUCUGGAGCCUUCAUCGCAUCCUGGGUGACAUACGGAACGCUCCAGCUAAAGAGCGACUGGUCAUGGCGACUCCCAUCUCUUCUGCAGUCGAUCUGCUCCCUCAUUAUCCUCGGCUUCAUUUUCUUCAUGCCCGAGUCCCCACGUUGGCUGUGCAACAAAGACCGCCACGAGGAAGCCCUUGCCAUGUUCGCCCGCUGGCACGGCGAAGGCAACGCUGACGACGAGUUUGUUCAACUGGAAUACGCCGAAGUGCGCGCUGCCAUUGCUCUUGACAGGGAGCACAACCGAACCAGCUGGUCCGACUUCCUGAAGACCAAAGGCAACCGCAAGAGGAUCAUUAUCAUCACUGCUAUUGGUUUCUUCAGUCAAUGGAGUGGUAACGGUCUGAUCUCGUAUUACCUCAAGUAUGUCAUGGACAACGUUGGUCUCACAGAUCCCCAGACACAACUUGGGAUCAAUGGCGGCAUGAAGACCUUGGCGCUGUGCGAGAACUUCCUCUUUGCCUUCUUGGUUGACAAACUUGGUCGACGUCCGAUCUAUCUUAUCUCCACGAUCGGAACGUUCGUCAUGUUCAACAUCUUCACAAUCAUCUCUGCCCGAUACGACAUCGAGCCUCGGGCCCCUCUCGGCAAAGGCUUCAUCGUCAGUAUUUUCUUCUACGGUAUCUUCUACGAUAUCAAGUCCGGUAUCAUGGCAGGAUACACUACUGAGAUCCUGCCAUAUGGUCUUCGCGCCAAGGGAUUCACAUGGCUCAACUUCUGCGUUACAGCAGCUCUCUUCUUCAACCAGUUCGUCAACGGCAUUGCGCUCGACGCACUCGCGUGGAAGUACUACAUCUGCUACUGCGUCUUCCUCGCUUUUGAGAUCGGAGUCAUCUACUUCUGCAUUGUAGAAACCAGGUACACGCCCAUGGAGGAAAUCGCCAAGUUCUUCGAUGGCGACGAUGCUGUUGAUGUCGGCGAGGCUGCGUUGAUGGACGUCAAGGAGCAGGGUAUUGCGCGUGGAGAGAAGGACGGGUCUGUGUCGCACAUCGAGGAGAUUACAAAGUAA